UGUUCCCUUUCAGUGAGAAUUUGAAUGACGCAAGAAUCGUCUUGGUAUUCUGGAAGUGUGAUCCCGUUUGACUACGCAGGCUGAUAGUUAAUCAUUGAAGUCCUUCAAGCGGUUGCUACUUCCCUUGACAGGCAGUUGCUCUCUCCUCAUACCAUCUUCCCCCAUUUCUCCCAGGAGCUUUUACGAAGUUCUCCCUCCCACUGCCUCAUCUUUAUCUGGCUCGGUACUUCCAUCUUCCCUAUUCCCAUAGAGUGAACAAUAAACAUUUGUAGAGUGUGACCCAUUCCUCCAAAGCCACGGUUAGCUUUUGCUUGGCAACCUAGCAAGCCUCUGUCUGCUCACUACGCACUUCUCUCCAACCUCAAUACCGAAUUCCCGAGGGAAACUCAGGAUUGUUCUAGGCAACUCUAGCCUAAGUGCUCUGCAUAACCCGUCUACAAAAUCGUAAUUUAACUCAUCAGAGAUAGCCAACCCAAUAUCUCUUUGCUUGUUUUUUCGCUUGUCUUUCAAUUCUUCAACGCGCAUCCCGACCGCUUCUCAAGGCCGUCUAUCCACUCAGUGCUUCAUCUUGAUUUGUUGGCUACAAUUUCUUUGCUUCGUGUCUCUUGUUUCCUCAGAACUUUCAGUUUCAUCAUGGUCUCGCAUUCCUCGAUUCCUCCGAAGUCUUCGGCGGCCCAUCGAGCCCUUGGUGUGCCAGUGCAAGAAGAGCUUCUCAAUCUCUCAUCGGCAGCCCGUAGUCGGCUCUAUGUGACCUCAUCAGGGGGCAUUGGAAACGUGAAUACGCCUGAUUCGACCAACCAGAACCCUCACAGAGGAUCUCUCAAUCCUCUGUCGCCCGGAAACGUUCUCAAGCUUCCUUGGAAGAAAAACAAGCGCGUUCCUGUCAAGGGCUCGUUAUACAUUUCCCCGUCUUCACCCGAGUCCUCACAGUCGGAUUGUGCGACUUGGCAAAGUACCACCGACUCCCGUAGUGACGAAAACCACUCGUCAAUCAGCUCCACGGGCGCGCAUUCAUCAAGAAUCCUUGACGCAGUUUCCCUGUGGAAUCUUAAGACUCCCUCUGAGUCUAAAUUCCCGCCACCUGUUCAGCCCUUCUCACCCCCUCCUGCUGUACCCCUCAGAAAUCACCAGUCUAUGGAAAUUAUUAAAGCCAACUCAGACCUGGGUCCCAGCGGUAGCCGGUCUCCCUUGUGCUCACCGUCAGCCUACAACGCGUCUUCUUCCCUGCGGUCACUAUCGAUCCCUCCUUCUCACGAACAAACCUCUUCUGGCCAAUUCGGCGAAAGGAUCUCAUCAAAACCGCGCGACGAUGGGUUGAGAGGCCCGGGCUUUCACCCUGAUUACUUCUCGCAGUCGGCUCAGUCUACAGAGGCUUCCACCGCAACUACACAAUCGAAAGAUACCCUUUGGGACGCUCAGCCUGAGAAGUCAUUGACCAACAUCCGGUUCGCCGAUCACUUGGCGAAUGUGAAAAUUGCCGAAGCACAAACUAUGCGAAACUUGUUAUCCCCGUCGCCACACCUUCGCCAAAACGGGCCAGGUCCCAAGCUUAAUGGGUCUUGCCCUAGUAGAGCCAUGAGCGUUGAUAUCUCAAGUCGACUUAAACCGUCCGGAAGUCUGAAAAAAUAUCCCGAUCCGCCCGCCAAAGCUCAGUUUCCUGCUCUCGUCUCACGAUCCGAUGAGGCUGGUCCGCCCGUCCGCGUCAAUGAAGUAGUUCCUCGCGCAAGCGUGGCCAAAAGAUCUCAAAGUCAAGACGCUCCAUCGCGAUCCCCUCUCUCCUUGAUCCACAAUCUUGAUGGUGCUGGUGGUUGGAGUAGCCUUCGUUCGUCACUGGAUGUAAACAAUGGACCUCCCAGCAACGCGCCUGUUUCAUUUUCCGAUUUGGUUGUUGAUCCAGAUGGCUUCUUGGUAGUAAUGUCGCCGGCUUCUCGUUCGGCCACUCCACAAACCGAGAAGAAGGCCUCUGUUGACGAGGGACGGACCCCAAUCAAUUCGUCACCCCCAACUUCUCCUAUGAAAUACUUGGACCUCAUCAAUUCAGCUGCCGUGAGCGCUGGGACCAAAGCAAGAGGCCGAAGGCGCACUCAGGUUGAGGGCAUUACAACGGAAAAUGCUUCAGAAACAGGGCACAACGCGACUAGUCAUACGAGGAUGAACAGCAGUUGUAGCCUUGAGAGUAGCUGCUGUAGUCAUGAUAGCAAUGCCAGUAGUGGUGGGGUUGAUCAUAAAUCCUAUCCAUCUGGUUCUUCCGCUACCUCCUCCAUGCGGUCCUCGGUCGGGGGUAAGGAAGAAGAGCGCCCUUCCCCGCCCAACCGUCGAUCCAGUACAGAUCAACUCAGCCCGACUGAAGACAUGUCAGAUUCCUUAGAACUUGAGGACGAGCUUGAAGGUGUCAAACUCAUGAUCGGUUCUAGAGCAGUUUGCCCCAAGUUUCCCUUACAACAUCUCCAGUAUCGUCAAUUACAACCUCAGUUGCGCCAACCAUUGCUCCCGCCAAUUUUGCUCACACCAUCGUCUCCAUCAACUAACAAAGAAAGCCAACAACAAACUUCGAAUAACUCUUCCCUUGGUCAAAUUUUGGGAUUCUAUCAACACGGAUCUACAACCGGAAGUCAGAGCUCAACCGAUCUAAAUCCUCCAGGUGAAAUCGGUACCGCCAUGUGAAUCCCCCUCCUAUGAGAUUAACUCUUGAAAAGUUCAUGAAUCUUGAAGAAUCUUUCUUUUCCCUUCAUAUCUGAUCAAAAGGAUUAAUGUUUCUUAUCGCUUCAAAUUUAAUAUACACGCAAUCUGUUAACAUAAAUACUUGCUUAUUAUUUUUGGCACUCCGGCUCCCUCAAAGUUAUGUCCUCCUGUGUAAUUUCGUCUCUGUAAUCCCCAUGCAUUAUAUAUAAAUCUUUCUUUCUGGUACAUAAUCCUCCAAUCGUUGUGAAUAUUUUCGUCGACAGAUCAAAGGAGAGUUAAAUAUAUAUAUAUAUAUAAUCGUUGCC